ACCAAAGUACAGUAAGUUUGCAGCUAAAAAUGUGUUUCUGGAAAUUAAAAAUGGCAGACAUGGAGAAGAUCCACCUUUUCAUGUGUGUAGUCAUAUUGACUAGUUAGAAUUUGAUGGUGGUGGUACGUAUUUAUGGAAAAGGGUUAUGAAUUCUGUAAAGACUCGGACUGCCAAACACACACUGCUACCUGGACAACAUUCUUGUCAAUGGUCCUGACGAGCAGUCACAUCUGAAAACCCAGUACUCUAGCCUGGGCGAAUAGCCGACUGUUGACUUUGUGCGGAGGCAAAAUUUGUGGGCGGAGCACAUAGGAUGGCGUCGCCAGGCUAGCAGUACUCAGCAGGUUAGAGGAAUACUGCCACAUCAUCGACACCGCUGGUCUCCACAAGUCACCGGAGAAGGCCUCAUGGACCAUCAUGGACGCCCCAGCACCAGGCGAUGUGUGUCAACUGCGGUCUUUCCUAGGAAUGUUAAACUACUAUGGACGCUUCAUCCCUGACCUUUCCACCGUGCUUAAGCCACUGAAUGAACUGCUGAACAAAGAAAAGAAGUGGCAGUGGACGUCAGCAUGUGUAGCAGCGUUCCAGAAAGCCAAAGCACUCCUAGUGUCACAAGAGGUGCUCACACACUACAACCCUGAGCUGCCUCUCCGCCUUGCCUGCUUCGCUUCCUAUGGGGUCGGAGCUGUUCUGUCUCACAUCAUGCCGGAUGGCGAAGAAAAACCCAUCGCUUAUGCAUCCAGAACACUCAGCAAAGCAGAACAGAACUAUGCACAGAUCAAGAGGGAGGCGUUAUCGAUUGGAGUACAAAAGUUCCACCAGUAUCUGUAUGGUAAUACAUUUUCUCUACUCACUGACCAUCCCCCGCUUACAACCAUCGUUAGUCCAGUCAAAAGUACACCAUCCAUGGCUGCAGCUCGCAUGCAAUGCUGGGCACUCCUGCUCUCUGCUCACACGUACAAAAUUGAGUACAGGAAAGGGGCCCUACAUGCCAACGCUGAUGGACUGUCGAGGUUACCGCUCCCUCAUGCCCCCAGUGAGAAACAAGGUGCAGUGGAGGUGUUCUACACUUCACAGUUGGACACACUACCAGUCAGUAACGCCGAGAUCAAGCGUCACACCAUGUCUGACUCCACCCUGUCCCGUGUCAUGGAGAUGGUCACAACUGGCCGUUUUCCCACUGCAAAGGACGCUGGAGACGAACUGUCACCCUACCUCCAGCGCCGCCAUGAGCUCACUGUGCAGCAAGGAUGCCUCAUGUGGGGUCUGAGAGUGGUUGUGCCACCCAAACUGCGCCCCUGGGUACUGUCAGAGCUACACUCAGCACUCCCAGGUGUAGUGAGGAUGAAGAGCUUAGCUCGCAGCUACGUGUGGUGGCCCGGCAUUGACUCCCAGAUCGAAGACCAAGCAAAGUCAUGCCAAUCAUGCCCACGAGUACAGAAAGACCCUGGCCCAGCACCUUUACACCCGUGGAUAUGGCCAUCUAGUCCCUGGGAACGCAUAUAUGUGGACUUUGCUGGCCCAUUUCAAGGGCACAUGUACCUGGUCGUAGUGGACGCCCACUCCAAAUGGCCUGAGGUACACAUCAUGGACAGCACCACAUCUAGUAAGACCAUCCAAGUGCUUAGAGGACUUUUUAGUCGCUAUGGCAUUCCACUCAGCCUGGUAAGCGAUAACGGCCCUCAGUUCUGCUCUGAAGACUUCAGCAUGUUCCUGAAAGCCAAUGGAGUCAAGCACAUUCGCUCAGCACCGUACCACCCUUCUUCCAAUGGCUUGGCAGAGCGCUUUGUGCAAACCUUCAAGCAUGCUCUGAAAUCUCCCAAGGGAACUAAGCCAGUGCAACAGUGCCUAGAUACAUUCAUCCUCACCUACCGCAACACCCCUCAUGCAACAACCAAGGAGAGCCCUGCAAUGCUCUUCAUCGGACGCAAGCUGCGUUCACGACUGGAUUUCCUGAAACCCAGUGUGGCUGGAGCAGUGCACCAGUCACAGCAGGCUCAACAACAGCGAUGCCAGCUACACUCAAAACAGAGACAGUUUGCAGUUGGUGAGCCAGUGCUUGUGCUUGAUUACAGGAGAGGGGAGGAUAAGUGGAUGCCUGCUGUGGUGAUCGAGAAGACCGGACCAGUGUCCUACAAGGUAAAUGUGGGAACACAAGGGGUCUGCAAGCGUCAUGUGGACCAGAUGCUGGCUCGGCCCGAGUCAGAUCCACCAGAGUCUGUGAUUUUUCCAGUUACACCAUCACAGACAACCACACCUGGUACCACACCUGACACAAAUACACCUCAACAGAAGGAGGAUACUGAUACAGUUACACACACACCACAUGCAUCACCCAAAACACCCAAGACACCAUCACAGUCCAUAGAAAUGACAAACGCAGAACAUUCAGAGACAACAGGGACUGUACGACGGUAUCCUGUGAGGAUCACCCAUCCGCCAGUACGUUAUGGACAUGAGUGAACUUUUUGGAAAAAAUUUGGAAUAUUUAAACAAAAACAAAACAAAAAAACUAAGAAAGAAAAGAAAGAUAACCGAAAAAUGUUGA